AUGUCUACUAACCAGUGCAGAUUUUAUGAGAACAAGUUCCCAGAAGUCGAUGACAUUGUUAUGGUGAACGUCCAACAGAUUGCCGAAAUGGGUGCAUAUGUUAAGUUAUUAGAAUAUGACAACAUUGAAGGUAUGAUCUUAUUGAGUGAACUGUCUCGUAGACGUAUUAGAUCCAUCCAAAAAUUGAUUCGUGUUGGUAAGAAUGAUGUUGCUGUUGUUCUUCGUGUUGAUAAAGAAAAGGGUUACAUCGAUUUAUCUAAGCGUCGUGUCUCCUCUGAAGAUAUUAUUAAUUGUGAAGAAAAAUAUCAAAAAUCAAAAGCUGUCCAUUCUAUCUUGAGAUUCUGUGCUGAAAAAUUUCAAAUCCCUUUAGAAGAUUUGUACAAGACUAUUGCUUGGCCAUUAAGUCGAAAAUACGGUCAUGCAUACGAGGCCUUCAAAUUAUCUAUCAUUGAUGAUACCGUCUGGGAAGGUAUUGAACCACCAUCUAAAGAAAUCUUUGAUGAAUUGAAAGUUUAUAUUUCCAAGAGGUUGACUCCUCAAGCUGUAAAGAUUAGAGCCGAUGUCGAAGUGUCUUGUUUCGGUUAUGAAGGUAUUGACGCUAUCAAAGAAGCUUUGAAAGCUGCUGAAGAUAUGUCUACUGAACAACUAGAAAUUAAAGUUAAAUUAGUUGCUGCUCCAUUAUAUGUUUUAACCACUCAAGCUUUGGAUAAAGAUCAAGGUGUUCAAAAAUUACAAGACGCUAUUGAAAAGAUCGAAGAAGUUAUUAACAAAUAUGGUGGUGUUUGUAAUAUUACUAUGCCACCAAAGGCUGUUACAGCUACUGAAGAUGCCGAAUUACAAGCUUUAUUAGAAAGUAAGGAAUUAGAUAACAGGUCUGACUCAGAAGAUGAAGAUGAUGACUCAGAUUGA